AUGAAGUUCUUACUACUCACCAUUUGCAUCGCGUUAAUUUCGUUUUGUCAAGCGCAAUACGGUGGAGGAGGUGGAGGCGGCGGUGGUGCUAACGGCGGAUAUGGUUAUGGCGGCUAUGGACCUGAUGGACCCUAUGGUGGAUCAGUUGGAAAUGGUGGUUAUGGCUAUUUUGGACCUGGCGGUAGUGGCGGCGGCAGUAGUGGCAAUGGUUUCGGCGGUGUCGGACCAAAUGGUGCAGGCGGUGGUGGUGGCGACGAAAGCGGUGGAGGCUAUGGUUAUUCUUAUGGCUAA